AUGGCGUCCAGCGACUCGGACUCCGACGGCGCGGCACCGGGCGGCGUCUGGCCUUCGAGCCUGACACAAGGGCAGACGGAAGAUCUCUUCCGGUUCGGGCUGUUCGUGCCGCCGGCGGCGAAGGUGCCGCGGCCGUGGAGGAUCUCCGUCGACGGCUACCCCACGCAGGGCCCGCCGGCGACGAACGCCGAGCUGAGCGCGCACCCCGGUGGGCGCGCGCCGCCCGUGGGCUCCCCGUCGGCGACAUCACAGGCGAAGCCGGGCCCUCCGGCCUGCGCGGCCGAGGCCGUGAUCCCGCCUCCUGGCCCCGCCCCACCAGCCCCGGCCGAGGCCGUGAUCCCGCCGGAGGUGGCGGCGCUCCGACAGGACGGCGACCCGGAGGACACGCCCGGACUGCUCGCGGCCCUAGCGCGGUCAUCGGAAGAAGCCGCCGCGACGACGGCACGGGAGGCCGAGGAAGCAUUCGAGAUUGCGGCCGCAAUCCAGGCGGCCGAGGCGAUGGCGGCGGAGGAGGAAGAGGAUUCGGACGACGUCCCAGUGGACUGGGACGACGUCGCGAACCGGUCCAGCAGCGACGAUGACGGGGGCAACGGCCCGGCCGUGAUUGACCUCAUUGAUAGCGACGCCGAGUAG